UUUUGCCCGUGAUCACGUGCGCAUGGACCAAUCAACAGUGGGCCGUGACGAUCAACAAAGCCGGCUUGCAGAGAACCUUGAGCCAACAGAUGACCAAAGAGUUCUUGCUCAUCUCCCGCGGAAGCAAGGUGACCGAGUAUCGGGCAAAAUUGCUCGAAAGCAUGUCAAGCUUCAACACAACCCUCCAUGCCCUCAUGGUGGGUGAUUCGUCCAAUGACAUCUUGCCAGCACCAGACCACCGAGUGGCCAGUGCUUUGCAGGAGGUGGAACUUGAGUGGAUCCCCAUGGAAAAGCUCUUGCGGGAGAACAUGGACACCGUGAGAAGUGCCGAUGGCUCCUAUAAUAUGCUCGUGCUGGAGGAGCUAUCUUCCAGGAACGUCCCUUUGCUGGACACCUCUGAUGCCGUGGUGAAGGCUUUGGUGGAUGCUGCGCAAGUCUCUGGUGCGUCAACAAAUGGGCUGGUGCAGGACAUUGCUGGGCGGCAGAGGACCCUCAUCCAGCGCUUGGCCAAAGGGAUUCUCUUUUUUGAGCCAAGGUGUCUCCAUGACCUUCAACAUGAAAGCCUACAGCAACACAAAGGUCCUCUUCGAAACCUCCCAUGAUGGGAUCAUCCAAGGAGUUCCUUUCGCAGGCCUUCCAGUCUUGAAUAAGAUGUGCACGCUCCACCAGAUGCGCGAGGUCAGCUUCUACUACGAGCAACUUCGGCCGUUGCUCACCGGCAUCACCAAUGCAGAGACACCCAGCACAAGUCAAAAGGCGGCGGAUGCCGUGGCAGAGGAGGUCGUAGAGUUGCUGGAUCCGCUCUUUUUGGCCAUGGUCGAGGCUGUGAAGCUUUUUGGGCAGGAUGAUGGCAGCUGCAACCCCUCCGCUUCAAUGACCCACAGCGAGUGGCAUGCCUUUUUCAUGACCCUCGCCCAGCAGGAGAUCUUGACCAAGACGACCAUGCAGUACUUCACGCAGGUUGGCCUCAAAGUCGAUGUCAAGUCCAGCCAGGUGGAAAUCACGGUGAGGCUCUCGCAAGCCUCGGGGAACCUGCGGAAUCUGAUCGAGGGGAACAAGGUCAAGGGGAUCCCCGCUCCGCCCUCACAGGAAAUUGUGGAUGAGCUCCUCUCCGUGGAUGCCACGUGGAAGACCUUCGAGAGCGAGUUGGAGGCCGCAGUUCACCUCGAAAGCGUCUCCUCGGUCACCAUGGCCCGAGUGGACCUUCUGGGCGAGAGGAUAUUGGAGGUACUUGGAAGGGUGAUGCACAUGGGGCUUGCCAUGGUGACCAACACCACUGUCCCAGCUUAUGUCAUUGACCAGUCUUUUGGGCAAGCGCUGUUGGCAUGCGAGAUAACGCAGAGCGCUGUUCUUUUGAACUUUGACCAUGACGUCACCAGCAACUGGGACUCCCUCAAUGCCUCCCGCGCCGCGUAUACCAGCACCAUGUGGAAGCUCUUGGAAGGUGAACCAGGGAAGUAUCAUCGAGUCACCGAUGUAUGCCUAGUACACCAAGUCAAGCACGCGAAUGAUCUUUUUCGCCGCUUCGAGCAAGCAGCGCUAUCGGUUGGCCAUGGACAUUCCGUGGACAUGGAGAACUUGGUGCUUUUGAGCCCUUUGGUCUUGAGGGCGUUGGAAGAAUCAGCCGAGUCCUUAUCGACUGGAAAUAGCAGCUGCGGCAACACAUCAUUGUUGGCGGAUGAAUGGAUCCAGCUUCAUCAGAAAGCUGCUGCCAUAGCCACCUUGAGCCAAGAGAUUACGGCUGAGUAUAUCCUGGUAAAGCAGGGUGAGAGCCACAACACUCAGCGGCUUGAAGUCCUGGUGGAAGACUUGGACACCUCUUUGCGACACAUCAUGUUUGGAUCCUUCGAUCCGCCGAUUGCAGCACCACCAUCGCAAGAAAAAUUCGAUCACAUGCUCACGCACUUGGCACCUGAAGUGGCUGACCUCAAGCAGGCGAUUUUUGGCAUUGACGUCACCACCGUCCUCAACGCCGGGGACAAAAUGAUGCUUGAUGCUCAGACAUUACAGGACCAAUACUUGGAGGGAUUGAUGUCAGCUGAUCCGCACUGGCCUGGCAAGCGGGUGGAUGUAGCCAGACGGCAGGUGACCUUGGCCCAGAAAAUCAUGACUGAAGCGGCCUUGUAUGCGUAUGAUUUGCGCAGCAGCGACGCGGAGUUGAACGCUGUUGUGACCAAGUUUGAGCAGGCACAUUUGCAACUUCGAGAUGGAGGUGGUGGACUCUCGGAAAUCAUGCUGCCAGAACGCCAGGACCUCCUAACUCAAUGGGAGCAGGUGGAUAGUGCCUGGCAGCAGGUGAGGGGCUACCUCCGCACAGAUCCAAUCUCCCGGUUGGAAAGCGCCAUCCUUCAGUUGGUCGCUGAACUCACCAAGAUCAUUCCCCUCUAUGCCAUGAUGGAUGUGAAGGAUCCCGACACCUUUCCCUGGCCCACUCUUGUGUACAGCAUCAUUGGGGCGCUCAUCUUGAGUUGCUGCUGUGUGAUGGUCAUCUUGCCCUGGGCCCUUUCCCGGCGCCGGGCCACGAAGACGCCACACAACGGAGCCACCGUGAGAAGUGCGGCGGAUGAGGUUUGAGAAAACCUUUGACAUCCUCCUCAAGUCUUUGAAUGCUAAGGGUGGUCCUUAGAGGCCAACCGGCAUCUGGGGCCACCGAGACCUCGAUCACUCGAUCGGCUGAUGUUGACCCAGGUCACAUGGGGACCCGGGUCAGGGAACUGCCGAAAACAUGGGUGGCAGCUCCGGAAUGGUGGACGUGUUCUUUCUUGGUUUUCCUAUGUUGGCCG